CCCGGACUUCGGUACGCUUUCCAGCUCGGUUUUGCAGCGCGGGAUUGAGACCAGACUGAAGAAGAAGUGAGUGAAAGGUGGUCUGGCAGGUGUUUUUCACAAUUGCUGGAGUUUAUGUUCGGGGUCGAUGAAGUGUCAUAUCUAUGUACCACAAUAUGCAACAUCACAGUUGGUUAGCUCUGACGAGUCACAAAAUGCGCUUGUGCGUAGUGCGGAUGUACUGUUCUCCAGCCUCCAAGAGGCCUGAAGCAACUACAACAAUGGAAAUGGCUACAAAUGUUCUUUACCGCCUGUCAGAAUCUGGGAAGGUUUUGGGAAGAAACUCGCUUCAGCGAGUCUCUGCAGUCGCCAGAAGCUGGUGGGACAAAUAUGAGGAAUUCGUUGGACUCAAUGAAGUCCGAGAGGCCCAAGGAAAUGUGACUGAGGCUGAAAAAAGGUUUAUGGUGGCUCGCGGGAUCGUACGAGAAGCUCGUGAAAACUGGGAGGCCCAGCAGCUGAAACUGAAGGAAAUUCGGGAUCGUUUGGACCGAGUCUCUCGCGAUGACAUUCAGUACCUGGAACUGGCAACGUCAGAGCACAAGUUACUGCAGGAAGAGAAGAGAUACCGCACCACCUAUCUAACUGCUGAGGAAUCCGAGCGGGAGACUUUCUCUCUCUUCUCAGCUGCGGUGAGGGAAAGCCACGAAAAAGAACGAACAAGAGCUGAGAAAACAAAGAACUGGUCCAUUAUUGGCUCAGUGUUGGGGGCCGUAAUUGGGGUCCUGGGUUCCACCUAUGUCAACCGCGUGAGGCUGCAGGAGUUAAAAGCCUUGGUUUUUGAAGCGCAAAAGGGACCGAUAAGCCUUCAGGAAGCUAUCCGAGAACAGGCGUCCACCUAUAACUCCCAGCAGAGGGACCUAAGUGACCUCAUUGCCAACCUGAGGAACAUCCUACAAGUUGUGACUGUGACAUCACAGGAAGUGGAGGGGGCUUCCUCGGCCAAAGGCAACGCGAGCGCAUCACUAAAAAUAGACCCUCUCUUAGUGUCCGUUAAGGAGCAGCUGACCUACUCUAAACAAAUAAGCUCAUUCCUUGGAAGCUUGCAACAGCAGCUUAGCAACCUGGAAAAAGGUUUAGGGCAAAUGGCCGCUGAGGUACAGAAUGUCAAGAGUGCACCUCUUCCCGCACCCAGGGAGAAACUAAUACUUAGCUCUCCAACAGAGGGAAGCAGCCAGGCCUUUGAGGCGGACGAUGUGGUCCUAGAACUGUGCAACACAGAGAGGAGGCUGGAAGCGCACAUGAAGAGGAACUCUAUCUACAGCACGGCCUUCACAUGUACUCUGUUCGCCAUCACGCUUCCCGUGCUCUAUGUGCUGCUCAAGGGGAAUUAGCCUACAGCUCAGCAGGAAAUAAUUUCCUAGGGUAAUAAAAUGACGUUCCUUGAGCAUUGACGACUCUCCUCUUCAGAUGACUUUUCAAAAGCGAUUUUGUGAAAUCGCACCAGCGGCUGGAGGUGCAUGCAAAUGUGUUGCAUUAAAAAUACCAUCUACAUGUCCUUCUUGUGUUCACUCCAGAGCUGCUUGUGGAAUUUGACCCUUCGUAGCUUCCUUUUUUUUUUUUACCCCAUUGGAGCGCAUUGCCUUGGAACCAGGUGGAUUGCCUUCAUGUCCCCCCAGGUUGAUCAUAAUGGGAGAAGCAGUUUUAGGGGCUACUGCAGCCACCCCCAACCUGGCACCCUCCAGAUGUAUUGGACUACAACUCUCAGCAUUCCCCAGACCAACACACCUGGAGCGUGCCAGUUUGGGAGAAGCUCAGCUACUGGUAGUAAAAUCAUAAGCCCUAUUCAGGUGUUCUGUACCUGAAAAUCAGUGUUCUUGCUUCCGUGGAGACUCGCCACAGAUAGAGGAGGCUCUCCUUUUGAGGCAGUUCCCUUCACAAGUAGAGAGUGAGGGAUGUGACAAAAGGAUGGGGCAAAAAUGCUCCCUCGUCGUGGGUUUGCCUGAAUGCCUGAAUAGGGUUUUACCUUGUGUACUUUUGAAGAACAAAUUAAGAGGAGUUUCAAUUUUUCAGUGAGUUAGACGGCUCUGUCUCACAGUUCCUAUGAAAUUGUAAUGUGGGUACUUUGGAAAAUUAAACAUACCAGCUAUUAA